GGGGAGGGAGGAAGAGACAGUGUUGCCGCAGGCGAAAUCAUGCAGGGUUGCGUCACUUACAUUGACUGGAUAUAAAGACAGAGCGUCUCUAAUGCAGCACAAGGUAAAAAUGUGUAGUGAAGUCAAACUGAGGAAGAGGAGCAGAGUCUGACCUGCGGUGCCACGGUCUGUCACAAUGAUGUGGAGGUUAAUACAUUCCAGCGUUCUCCUCAUCGGAGCCCUCGCGUCCCCAACUCCGUCUUCACCCCCGACCACUGAGGACGGACCCUGUCGCAUCUACAACUCCGGCCGCUCUGCAGACUGUGUGGGGAGGCAGCUCGCCACUGUGCCCUGGGGACAGUUUCCCUCCACACUUGAAGACGUUGAUCUCUCCUACAAUAAACUUCAAGCUGUCCUUGCUGACGACUUCCUCCGGCUCCCUCUGCUGCGCAUCCUUCAGCUGCAGUUCAAUAACAUUUCACACAUUGACAUUGAUGCCUUUAAAAACAACCCACUGCUGGAGAGUCUUAACAUCUUCAAUAACUCGCUGGAGGAAAUCCCUGCCAGCGCUCUGACACCCCUCUCCAACCUGAAUCAGCUGUACAUGUCCAAUAAUCUGUAUAAACAUGCCACUCUGGCUGAGAGCUUCUCCAAAUUUGUCAAACUCCAGGUUCUGUCGAUGGGGGGCCCCCUGGUGAUGGGUCUGAAGAAAGCAGAUUUUUUGCCACUGAAGAACAUCAGUUUACAAGGUUUUGCAAUCAAAUGUUCCUCCAACCUCAGCUACUAUGAGCCUGGGAGUCUAGAAGUCAUUCAGACGAGGCAGAUGGGUUUCGAUAUGGCCAUAGAUCAGCAGCCGAACGCUCUCGUUCACAUGUUGCAUGACAUAGCCAACAAGACAUUCAGCGUCAUCCAGUUCCGCAAUCUCUUCGAGUUCAUGUACUACAUGGAGGAGGAGGACAUCUUCAAGGGUUUAAAAGACAUUACAGCAUAUCAGCUAAUCUUCCACAGGGGUAAAUUCAACGAGCACCUCCUGAGGAUGGCUUUAAUAAACUUACAAGUCACCCCGAUCAAACGAUUGACGCUUCAGUACAUCGAUUUCGCCCGUUCACCCACAUUCAUUGACACAGGAGCAAGUUCUUCGAUCACAAACCUGGUGCUAGAUGAAUUGGAUCUUUGGUAUAUCAGCAAUCCCGAUGUGCUGCGAUUUGACUGGCGCUUUACCUGGUUCAACAAGAUUAAGAAACUAUCUAUUCAGUAUGUGAACUUCAACUUUGUGCCCUGCGACGCCUUUGUGGAGAUGGAAGGUGUGGAGUUACUGGACAUCUCCAAUAAUCGACUGCAGAGUGAUUACAUCUUCAACCAGCGCUGUGACAACAGGGGGAACAUGCCAAAUCUUCACACCUUCAAUUUGAGCACCAACGAACUGACGAGCUUAAGCAAACUGUCAGCACUAACAAGGGACUUCCAGCGGCUGCAGGUGUUGGACGUGAGCAACAACAAACUAGGAUCUGUUGAACCCAGUCGUAACUGCGUUUGGCAGCGAAAUAUCACUCGAUUCAUCGCUCACCACAACAAGUUCGUCGUUGAGGCCCUCGAAUGUCUGCCCACCUCAGUGUACUACUUGGACCUGUGCCACUGCGACCUGGACCAGUUGGACAUGAUGUUCUUUGAUAGAGCAACCAACCUGAAAGAGCUCCUGCUGAGUGGGAACAAAAUCAAGUUCAUCCCAUCUACAUGGAGAAGUCCGCAACUGCAGUUCCUAGCAUUGGACGGGAAUUCGUUUGGCCUCAUCAGUAAGGCAUCUUUCCAGGGCAUGCCUCAGCUGUCUAGCUUGAGGGCAGGAAAUAAUCCUUACCACUGCACCUGUGAGCUUCAUGCUUUCAUCCAGGAUACAAUAUCACGAGGAAAGGUCAACCUCACUGACUGGCCUUGGAACUACAGGUGCUACCACCCGGAGGCCUUCCUCAACACAGUCGUGUCCAAAUACUUACCAAGUCAAGUGGCCUGUGACAUCAGACUCGUCAUCAUCAUCUGUGUGGCGACCACUGCAGCGGUGAUCUUGCUGUUGAUUCUGAUGUGCUAUAUUUUCGAUCUUCCCUGGUACACAAAAGCCACGUAUCAGAUCAUCCGAGCCAAAUACAGAGCUCACAAGGAAAAGGCAGCAGGGAAAAUGGGCACUUUUACGUAUCAUGCCUUCAUUUCCUACAGUCACUCUGAUGCAGACUGGGUGAGGGACCAGCUGUUGCCCUGUUUGGAAAACAAUAGAAACCCCUAUCGUCUGUGCAUUCAUGAGAGGGACUUCAUGCCGGGAAGGUGGAUCAUCGAUAACAUCAUUGAGAACAUUGAAAACAGUCGAAAGUCAAUAUUCGUCCUCUCCCGGCACUUUGUAAACAGUGACUGGUGCAACUACGAGCUGUACUUUGCCCAGCAGAGGGCCAUGGGAAAGACCUUCAGUGAUGUCAUCCUCGUGGUUAAGGAACCCAUUGAUCCCAGCUCCUUGCCCAGCAAGUACUGCAGGCUGAAGAAGAUGCUGAGCACCAAGACGUACCUGGAGUGGCCCCAGCAGGUCAACCAGCAGCCGUUUUUCUGGGAGCAGCUGAGGAGCGUUCUGGGAAAGCCAUCAAUAACCGGAGAGGGGCGACAAAGCAUCAAAAGCAGAACUUCAACUGUUUCUGUGAUUGGGUGCCCUCAAGAGGACGGUGGGGCAGUGGUAGUGAAAUGUAAUCAAGAAGAAAUCAACAUCAUGGAAAAAAAUAAUAACAAUCUGGAAAAUCAGAAACAAAUACCUGUAGUGGCAUUUUGACGAAAUGGUUAAAAACUUCUUGGGUAUUGUGUCUGUAAAGGUCUAAACUCGAGUUACCUUUAACAGCGAGGUGGGAGCAAAACCCAAGGUCUCAUUAAAGAUGACGAAGAAUAAUCUGUCAUGUUACCCGUCCAGUGCUGAGCGGAUGCCCUGUGAGCAUCCGAUGCCGGGCGCACCGUUGACAGGCGCUGAAAGGCCACAAACUCGACGGCUCGGGUGAAAUUGCCCAUGUCGCACUCUGGAUAACAAGCAAGGUGCCAGAACGAUGUGGUGACAGGUGUGUGAAGGCGAUGGUCCUCUCUUGCAUUCCUGGCUCUCAGAGGGACGAGAUCAUAAUUUGUUCCAACUCUGAGGUAAUGCAGGCCAUGUACUAGAAAUAUUCUGUCUGGAUACAGUGUGUUCUGGGGAGACUGGACCAAUAAUUAACGUAUCUGGGAACAUAACAGUCAGAAUCACUAUUUCAUCAGAUUAUUGGAUCCAGCAGCUUCUUCUGAGUUCAAAGUGGAGAGAACUUUGGAACUUGUAAUUCUCCAGGACUCAUUUGCAUCAUCUCUUUGACUAUGUGCUAAUUAAGUCAUAAUCUUGAAGUAGCUCUCCUCUGUCGGCCUUUGAGUGCUUGAGUGGCGGCUCCUGCAUUCAUCGAGUACGUGCAUUUCUGUAUUAACUUGAUCUGAUUGUGCCUUUUGUCUUUGUCCUGUUCAGUCCCAGCUUCAAUAGGCAGAGUGGAGAUCAUACCACUGACAGGGCCCCAUAUUUAAAUUCACUCAAUUUCACACACUCAUAGAUAUCAGCUCGCUAAACCUGUCAGAUUGUUUUUACACCUAUGAUCCAUUUCAUAGAACAGAUCUAUCUUACAAUAAAUGACAAGGAUUUAAAAAAAAAAAAAAAAA